AUGGCAAAAAUCAAUCAAAUCUGCAAUUCGCACAUCAUCACGCCAAUCCCCGCCAGUGCCUGUCCAGAAUAUUUACCACCUAACCACAAGAAAAUAGUUCGCAACAACUCGAGCCAGCUCGGUUCUGAAAUGCUGCGAUCAUCGUACAGGGCAAAGAAUUUCGUUAUGCUAACGCUGAUGCUGCUGGUGUCGAUUGUCGGUGUUAGCAUAACGGAAAGUGCGAGCAUGCUUUCGAGCAAAGCGAAAAUCGACGGAAGCGGCGGCGGCAGAAAACCUUCCUUUACCACCUACGACCAACGGCAGACCGGCAAGUAUAAUAUUCACGUCAAUAUCAAAGAUGUGAAAAUUAUCUCGGUCGAUGGUGAGAAAUUCGACGGUGAAUUUGGGGAUGAUACGAUUUAUGAUUACGGGGACUACGACUAUGACCCUUCACAUCUGACCGUUAGCCCAUUUCCGAUUUUCGGUGGAUCAGCAACUUCAAAACCUCCAAAGUCUACCACCAAAGCACCGGUAGUGAUUACCUCAACUAGACGCACCUCGACAACAGCUAAACCUACCACCACUAGCACUACAAGUGCUAAGCCGUCUCUAGAUGAAGAAAUACCAGUCAAGGUUGAAGCCGACUCAGUUAAUGAUACAUUUGUUAUGGAAGCUUCUCCUGAAAGUCAAGAUAAUUCCACCUAUAUAAUGGCGGCUCCAGUAGCAACUACGCCCCCUCCCAGCAACAUAUACAUCUUCAAACCAACACCCAAUUACCAUCCGAAUCCGAUCCAUUAUGAUUACCAGGAAAUUCCAGUUGAAGUUAUUGUUGAACCGGUCCUUAAACCGAAAUACCGUAAUUCCAAUUCCCGCAUUAUGGCCAAUCGACGCAACCGUUACCGUAAACAUCCUGCCGCUCGAGAAUCGGUGGAUGCGAUGGCGCGCCAUCGCCAUUCGGAUAUCGAAGCCCUGCCUAGUAACGGUGAAGCGCACCUAGACUCGCCUCCCCUAGAGGCAACACCGUGCCCUCGGGGGGAACAUCGUGACAGAACCGGCAAAUGCCGUGUGCGAAUGCCUGGCAUUUCCAGGCUGAUUAAACUGCUGGCUUCCUUCCGGGAGAAGGGUGACUGA